UGUAAUUCGUGAUAACUACUGCACAUCAUGGCAGUGAUUGCACAAUAGUUACGUCAUAAUACCGUCAAUAUGCAUAACCUAGAAGUUGCCUAGAAUAUUCUAGACCGCGUUUCUUCAACUAUUCUUCUCUUCUAUUUAUUAACUCACGCGUUCCAAGUAAACAGAACAAGUAAACAGAGCUUGGUGAAUAGAUGAUUCUUUUCUCUUUUCCAAUCCCCAAAGGAAUUAUUAGAAGAUAGAACAUAGGUACCUACCCAGGUAAUCGUUAUGGAAUCAAAAAGACAAGCACGAAAACCUCUCGACGACGCAACCAAUCGUGUCAAUCAAACCCCCGCUCGCACUGAGGCUAAAAAGCCAGUUCGUUGGGAUAAGGCUUCACUUGAACAGUACCUCGACGUCGUAGGAUUGAAGGGCUCUGCUAGAAAAAGAGUCUUCAAUUAUUACACAGGGAACAUGCCACCUGCACCUCGAACUUCCACUACCGGUCCGACUUUGGAGUCGGCAGGUACCCAGCCGGCCAAUACUACUAAAGCAUCUACUACAAGCAAUGCAAAGGCUGCAAAGGCUGCGACCGGUGCAUCCUCGAGCAGGAAGCGCAAGGCAGAGACCUCAUUGUCGUUAGAGGAUGAGAUUGCCGCAUACAAGAGGAACUUGGACGAUAUCGUGGAUCCUGAUUCGUUCGAUGAUGAGAUCAUGCCUAACUGCACCACUGUGCGUGGCCGGAUUAACAAGCUAUUCGACGGCGGAAUCAUGACAAAGGCCGAGUUCUGUCGUGCUACUGGCUGCAACAGCAACAGUCUCAGCAAUUUCCUCAAGGCGAAAGGGCCGAUGGGUGGAUGCAAUAGUUCUGUGUACGCAAAUGGCUGGAGAUGGCUCCGACAGCGAGAGGCCGCAGGCUUGAAGAUGCCCGACGUGAAGAAGCGGCAAUUGCAGGAAGCUAAAGCCGCCGGCGCUGGUGCUAGCGGUUCCAAAUCAAGCAUAACCACAGCCGCGUCACUCCCAGAUAUCAGCGGCAUUCACUUGAAUGGCGAAGAAGCUGACUCGGUUUCGGUGUAUGACACGUGCGACGAGAUCCGCAAGAAGAUCAACGCGCAUCUCAAGACGCCUGGCUUGACCCAAGCCCAGUUUUGCCGCGAUCUCUACGCGCAGCUGAACGCACCUACGAUCAAGAGCAUUCAGUCGAAGCAGCUCGCUGACUUCCGCGCCGGCAAGGGAUCCAGGACCGGUGCCAAGAGCACGGUCUUCUACACGGCCUAUGUGUAUUUCGAGAAGCUGCGUAUCGCACAGGGCAAACCCAAGAGUAAGCACCGCGAGACUAUGGAGGAGAUCUGGAUGAGCAGAGGCGGAUUCGACCGCGAUAUGGACCAUCGAACUUACUGCAUUACAUCCUCUGACAAGGGGAUGUACUGGGACCAGUAUGGUCUCUCAAUUACGUAUCCACUCUGAGGGGGAAGUAGGUACGUGGCUAAUUUAGGUGUGAAUAUGUUGAUGUGUACUAUGCAAGGGGUAAUGUCGUGGAAGAGUAGGACGUAUAUUUAUGUUAUAUCAUGUACCUAUGCUUUAGAUUAGGUAUGGUUGGGUAUAUUUCUCAUAAAUCGCAAGAUUUCGGUAGAUUUGCUAGAUAGGGUUACUCAAGUACAUAAGCGGAAAUAGUAAUAAUAGAACUUGAUCAUGGAUGCGAAGUAGCACAUUUACCU